AUGGCUGAGGAGGUCCAGGAGUCAGACCCGACAGCUGGCGAUCGCGACGCGAAAGACGAAGGUUACGAGGUGUUGGAAGGUGUAUCAGAAAGCAAAAACAGCGGCGAUGAAGAGGGAGCGAAAGACAAACAGAACCCCAACAGCAACUGGUCGGCGCCGAUACUGUCGUUUGCACGGAAAGCCACCGAGACCCUGAGCAGCGGGGUGAGCUACGGGACUGCUCUGAGAAACGCCACCUCGGUCUCCGUAGGCUUCCCGACCAAACAGUCUGCGGAAGGCGAUGACACCACCGCCACCGUCUCGCCAGUGCCGGGGAAGGACCCGAUGGCAGUGGAGCGGUCCAAUCUGCUCAGCAUGAUGAAGCUGAGCGUGAAGGUUCUGAUCCAGUCAGCACUGAGUCUGGGGCGCUCGCUGGACUCAGACUACCCGCCUCUGCAACAGUUCUUUGUGGUCCUGGAACACUGCCUGAAACAUGGGCUCAAAGUUAAGAAAUCCUUCAUUGGACAGAAUAAGUCCAUCUGGGGCCCUCUGGAGUUGGUGGAGAAACUGUGCCCUGAAUCAUCCAACAUUGCAACCAGCGCACGGGACCUGCCAGGCAUCAAGACAGGGCUCGGAAGGGGUCGGGCGUGGCUGCACCUGGCCCUCAUGCAGAAGAAGGUGGCCGACUACAUGAAGGCCCUGCUGGACCGACGGGACCUUCUGAGUGAGUUCUAUGAGCCUGGAGCCCUCAUGAUGGAGGAGGAGGGGACGGUGAUCGUGGGAAUGCUGGUGGGGCUGAAUGUUAUUGAUGCCAACCUCUGUGUAAAGGGAGAGGACCUGGACUCCCAGGUGGGUGUCAUCGACUUCUCCCUGUACCUGAAGGACCCCCAGAGCAAUGAAAGCCAGAAGGAUGAUGGGAAGAUGACUGCCAUUUUGGAUCAGAAGCAUUACAUCGAAGAGCUAAACAGACACCUCAGCUGCACAGUGACAGACUUGCAGGCCAAGAUGGACUCCCUGGAAAAGACCAACUCCAAGCUCAUUGAAGAGCUGACUGCAGCUACAGACCGGAUCAAUGCGCUUCGUGAGGAGCAGGACCAGCUGAAGCAGGAGAACAUCUCCAUCCUCCAGACCAGCCAAAAGAAAGAGGAGGUAUCGCGGCAGGAUAGCCAGGUGGAGCUGGAGACGUACCGGCAGUCCCGUCAGGGUCUGGAUGAGAUGUACAAUGAAGUGUGGAAGCAAUACAAGGAGGAGAAACGCAUUCGGCAGGAGCUGGAGAAGGAGCUGGAGCUCCAGGUGGGUCUGAAGCAGGAGAUGGAGGUGGCCAUGAAGCUCCUGGAGAAGGACACUCAUGAGAAACAGGACACACUGGUUGCCCUCAGACAGCAGCUGGACCAGGUCAAGACCCUCAACCUGCAGAUGUUCAACAAGGCACAGGACACAGAGCGCAUAGUUCAGAGGAAGGAAGAGGAGGCGGCGCAGCUGGAGGAGAGGAUGAACCAGAUGGCAGCGGCCAUGAAGGAGCUGGACGACAGGCUGCAGAACUCGGACCGCACACGCCGGCAGGCAGAUGCCCGGGAGAAGGAGGCCAGGCUACAGCUGGAGGAGAGGGUGGAGGGUCUCCAGAGACAGCUCACUGAGUUGGACACUCUGAGGCUGGGCCUGGAGGCGGACCUGCGCAGCGAGAAGGAACAGCGGCAGAGCAUGCAGAAGGAGCUGCAGAGGGAGCAGGACAACAGCACGGAGCUGCGCACACAGCUGCAGCAGCUGCAGGGUCUGCAGAAGGAGCUGGAGGAGCUGCAGCAGGAGAAGAAGCAGCUGCAGAGGACGUGUGAGGAGCAGGAGCAGGCCCUGCAGGAGAUGGGUCUGCACCUCAGCCAGUCAAAGCUGAAAAUGGAGGACUUCAAAGAGGUCAACAAAGCCCUGAAGGGCCAUGCCUGGUUGAAGGACGACGAGGCGACUCAGUGUAAACAGUGCCAAAAGGAGUUCUCCAUUUCGCGGAGGAAGCAUCACUGCCGGAACUGCGGGGACAUCUACUGCAACAGCUGCUCCAGCAACGAGCUGGCCCUGCCCUCGUACCCCAAGCCCGUCCGCGUCUGUGACACCUGUCACUCACUGCUACUGCAGAGGAGCUCCUCUACGGGGUCGUGACCUCACACGUGCAGACAUGCAUUCACACACAGACGCGUACAAACACAUACACGCAGGCACAUACAUGCACGCACAC